GUAUUGAAGCCCGAAUCUUUCGACUCUGCUCGAGAUUCUAGCGUGUCAGCCUCGGCUCUUGCAUUACAGAUGUGUGCCAUAGUAUCCUGAAUUUGGCUUUGUCACUAUUGCAGAUGCCUAUUCAACGGGUUCAUCAUUAAUGCCCCAGGCAAAAAAGAAAAAUUCCGACGACCUCGAACUUUUGAGGGGUAAGGCUGGCAGGACUUUUGGUCAUCUUGCCGGUGUUUAUUGUGCUACGAAGGGUCUCCCCAGUACCUACAACAAAGACUUGCAAGAGAACUGGGAGCCUAUGCUAGAUCAUGUCAAGACUGUCUCCGAUAGUGUGCAGAUCGCAAAUGGCAUCCUCAGCACUCUCAAGCUUCGACCAGAGCGCAUGAUAGCCUCGCUCAACCCUUUCCUCCUUGCGACCGACGUUGCAGACGCCCUCGUGAAAAUUGUCGUGCCUUUCCGUGAGACACACCAUAUUUCAGGGCGUGUGGUGGCCAAGAGCAAGGAGCUGGGAAUCCUAAUGGACCAACUGAGCCUGGAGCAGCUGCAGGCCAUUGAUAGCCGAUUCCCGGAUAACAUCAAGGAUGUAUUCAACUACGAGGCUAGUGUUGAGUCAAGGAAUGCUCAAGGUGGCACCAGCCGAGCAGGCGUGCUAGAGCAGAUCGAGGUCCUUAAGGGCAUGCUGGAUUAGAGGCAUUUGAUAGAUGGCUCGAAGGCUACGGUUGCAGUACGGAAAUUGGGA